AUGGAGCAAGCGCUUCGAUGCAACCACCUAAAGUGCCGAACGCAGCUAGAAGACAGUGCUGUUGUGACAACAUGCUCUCAUAUCUUCUGCAUCCCCUGCUCCGACUCCUUGGGCCUCUCGACACCCACCAGCAGGACUCGCAUCUGCCCAGCCUGUGAAGCACCGCUAUCCAAUCCAGACGAUGCGGUGAUUUCGCAGCUCAAUCCAUCUGAAGACUACAAGACGAGCGUCCUGAGCGGUUUGAGCCCCAACACUAUCCUGGAGUGUGCUGGACGAGCGUUGAACUUUUACAGCUAUCAGACGAACCAGGAGAUCAUGUACCAGGAGUAUCUCGCCAGGAGUCUUACCGACAAGUAUCAGUUGCUCAGCGAUCAGAUGGACAACAUCAUCAAAGAUGCCAACUCGCAAAUCCGGAGCAUGAACAACAGGCUCGACGCGUUGCAAGAAGAGAAGCGGAAGCUCGAAGAGAAGAAUGAAAGACUCGCUGAGGCUUACCGCAACAAAGGCAAGAAGCAGCAAGAGGCACUCCGACUGUAA